GGGCCGCGUGCGCGGGGUCGGGGGCGCGCGGGCCGAAACGGACGCGGGAGGCGGCGGCGUUGGCGGUGACCUGCGGAGAGUUUUGCUCGGAUUGUGAGAGGCGGCGGUGGAGGCAUUCGUCGCACCGACAGAGGCGGCGACCCCGACUGAGGCGGCGACCCAACGCGUGCUCUCUGGGCGGGGUGAGGCGGGGGAUGUGCCUGCCCCGGCCGGGCGGAGUCUUUCUGACAGGGCGGGGGAUGCGCGGCGGCCGCUCUCCCAAACCCUGAGGCAGUGGGCCCACCCUCGCUCAACUGUCUGACCCUCGGUCGUCUCGGCCCCCGCUGCCUUCUCCGUUCAGACCCUGGGGCCGAGGGUGGGAGGCGGCUUCCGCUCAGGAGGAAGGAGCUGUGGUGGCCACCGCGGCGCAGCCCGAGUUCUUUUGCCAAGAAAAUGAUUUGCAUGAUCUUGAACAACACAUACUAUCUAUGCUGAUGGGACGGGAUCCAAUAUGAAUAUAAGUGAUGGAGGAAGACGACGCUUUGAGGAUAAUGAACAUACAUUACGUAUAUAUCCUGGGACAAUUUCAGAAGGGACAAUCUACUGUCCAGUUCCUGCCAGAAAAAGCACCACAGCUGCUGAGGUGAUUGACACUCUUAUAAAUAAACUUCAUCUUGACAAAACAAAAUGUUAUGUUUUAGCAGAGGUAAAGGAAUUUGGUGGAGAAGAAUGGAUACUCAAUCCAACAGACUGUCCAGUUCAGCGAAUGAUGUUGUGGCCACGAAUGGCUCUGGAAAAUCGCUUAAGUGGAGAGGACUACCGCUUUCUUUUGCGAGAAAAAAACCUUGAUGGAUCAAUCCAUUAUGGUAGCCUUCAGUCAUGGCUUCAGGUAACGGAAGAACGACGCAGGAUGAUGGAGCGAGGUUUUCUUCCACAACCUCAACAGAAAGACUUUGAUGACUUAUGUAGCUUACCUGACUUGAGUGAGAAAACUCUCUUAGAAAACCUACGAAAUCGCUUUAAGCAUGAAAAAAUCUAUACCUACGUUGGCAGUAUUCUAAUAGUUAUUAACCCAUUCAAAUUUCUUCCUAUUUAUAACCCCAAAUAUGUCAAAAUGUAUGAUAACCACCAAUUGGGAAAACUUGAGCCCCACAUAUAUGCUGUGGCUGAUGUAGCUUAUCAUGCUAUGCUUCAGCGUAAAAAGAAUCAGUGCAUUGUGAUUUCAGGAGAGAGUGGUUCUGGGAAGACUCAAAGCACAAACUUUCUUAUUCACCACCUUACUGCUCUCAGUCAGAAAGGAUUUGCCAGUGGAGUAGAACAGAUUAUUCUUGGAGCUGGACCAGUACUUGAGGCUUUUGGAAAUGCAAAGACAGCUCAUAACAACAAUUCAAGUCGUUUUGGCAAGUUUAUUCAAGUAAAUUACCAGGAAACAGGCACUGUACUUGGUGCCUACGUUGAAAAAUAUCUACUGGAGAAGUCCAGGCUUGUUUAUCAAGAGCAUAAUGAACGGAACUAUCAUGUAUUCUAUUACCUUCUGGCAGGAGCAAGUGAAGAAGAGAGGUUAGCAUUUCAUCUUAAACAACCAGAGGAAUAUCAUUAUCUCAAUCAGAUAACAAAGAAACCCCUCAGACAGAGCUGGGAUGAUUAUUGCUAUGACUGUGAACCGCAGGAUUGCUUCACAGUGGAGGGAGAAGAUUUGAGACAUGACUUUGAACGCUUACAACUUGCCAUGGAAAUGGUAGGAUUUCUUCCGAAGACGAGAAGACAGAUAUUCUCUCUUCUCUCAGCAAUACUACAUUUGGGUAAUAUCUGCUAUAAAAAGAAAACAUACCGGGAUGACUCCAUUGAUAUCUGUAAUCCUGAAGUUCUGCCUGUUGUAUCAGAAUUACUGGAAGUUAAAGAAGAGAUGCUAUUUGAAGCAUUAGUUACGAGAAAGACAGUGACAGUUGGAGAGAAGCUUAUUUUACCAUACAAGUUGGCAGAGGCUGUGACAGUGAGGAACUCCAUGGCUAAGUCUCUAUAUAGUGCUCUGUUUGACUGGAUAGUUUUUCGAAUUAAUCAUGCGCUUCUGAAUAGUAAAGAUUUGGAACGUAAUACCAAGACUUUGUCCAUUGGUGUUCUUGAUAUAUUUGGGUUUGAAGAUUAUGAAAAUAAUAGUUUUGAACAAUUCUGUAUUAAUUUUGCUAAUGAACGUUUACAGCACUACUUUAAUCAGCAUAUCUUUAAGUUGGAACAAGAGGAAUAUAGAACUGAAGGUAUCAGCUGGCAUAACAUUGAUUAUAUUGAUAAUACUUGUUGCAUAAAUCUUAUUAGCAAAAAGCCAACAGGACUGCUCCAUCUUUUGGAUGAAGAGAGCAAUUUUCCACAGGCAACAAAUCAAACAUUGCUAGACAAGUUUAAGCAUCAACAUGAAGAGAAUUCUUAUAUUGAAUUUCCAGCUGUGAUGGAGCCUGCUUUCAUCAUAAAACACUAUGCUGGAAAAGUAAAAUACGGAGUAAAGGAUUUUCGGGAAAAAAAUACAGAUCAUAUGCGCCCAGACAUUGUAGCUCUUCUGAGAAGUAGCAAGAAUGCAUUUAUCUCUGGGAUGAUUGGAAUUGAUCCUGUAGCUGUUUUCCGAUGGGCAGUUCUCCGAGCCUUUUUCAGAGCCAUGGUUGCUUUCAGGGAAGCUGGGAAAAGACACAUUCAGAGAAAGAGUGGACAUGAUGAUACAGCGCCAUGUGCAAUUUUGAAAAGUAUGGAUAGUUUUAGCUUUCUUCAACACCCAGUCCACCAGAGGAGCUUAGAGAUUCUGCAGAGAUGCAAGGAAGAGAAGUACAAUAUAACCCGGAAAAAUCCCAGAACACCUCUUUCUGAUCUUCAGGGCAUGAAUACUCUAAAUGAAAAAAAUCAGCAUGAUACAUUUGAUAUUGCUUGGAAUGUCAGAACUGGGAUACGCCAGAGCAGACUACCAAGUAGCACCUCCUCACUUGAUAAAGAUGGGAUAUUUGCUAAUUCAGCUAGCAGUAAACUACUGGAAAGAGCCCAUGGAAUUCUCACGAGAAACAAAAACUUCAAAUCCAAGCCUGCUCUUCCGAAGCACUUGCUGGAGGUAAAUUCUUUGAAGCAUCUAACAAGAUUGACCCUACAGGAUCGCAUUACUAAGUCUCUUCUUCAUUUGCACAAGAAGAAGAAGCCUCCCAGCAUCAGUGCCCAGUUUCAGGCAUCCUUAAGCAAGCUAAUGGAGACACUUGGUCAAGCAGAACCAUAUUUUGUAAAAUGCAUUCGCUCUAAUGCUGAAAAGCUGCCUUUAAGAUUCAAUGAUGCCUUGGUACUUCGACAGCUCCGUUACACUGGGAUGCUAGAAACAGUUCGCAUUCGCCAGUCAGGAUACAGCUCCAAAUAUUCUUUCCAGGACUUUGUGAGCCACUUCCAUGUUCUUCUUCCCCGAAACACUAUUCCAUCCAAAUUGAACAUUCAGGAUUUCGUUAGGAAAAUAAAUCUUAAUCCAGAUAAUUAUCAAGUUGGAAAAACCAUGGUCUUCCUAAAGGAGCAAGGACGACAGCACUUACAAGAUCUGCUUCACCAAGAGGUACUCCGCAGAAUCAUAUUGUUGCAGCGAUGGUUCAGGGUCUUGUUGUGUAGACAGCAUUUCCUCCAUCUGAAACAGUCAUCCAUUAUUAUUCAGCAAUUCUGGAGGAAUUACCUGAAUCAGAAGCAAGUCAGAGAUGUAGCUGUGCGGAAGGAUGCUUUUGUAAUGGCUAGGGCAGCCACUCUUCUCCAAGCUUCCUGGCGUGCUCACUUAGAGAGGCAACGGUACUUGGAGCUUCGGGCUGCAGUCCUAAUCAUCCAACAGAAAUGGAGGGAGAUUUAUAGGCGCAGGCAUAUGGCUGCUACUUGCAUACAGGCAAGAUGGAAAGGCUACAGGGAAAGUAAAAGGUACCAAGAACAGAAGAAAAAAAUUAUCCUUUUGCAGUCAACAUGUAGAGGAUUCAGAGCAAGACAAAGAUUUAAAGCUUUAAAAGAACAAAGGAUAAAGGAAGCACAGCUAGAACUUGGAAUGGUGAAUAUCAAGGCAUAUAGAGCUCUGGAAAUAGAGGGUUCAGAUCCUUCAGAAUGGGAGGAUUGUUCCUUUGACAACAGAGAGAAAGCCAUAGAGGAAGGUAAAUCUGGAAUAGAGAGUAAUCGAAUUAGCCGUGAAAGUUCAGUGGACUGCUCAAAAGAGUCUCCAGAGAAGUGGCAGGAGAGAGCCCGAAGCCAAAGUGGUGUGGACUUGAAGGAAGAUGUGAUUGUAAGAGAAAGGCCGAAGUCCUUGGAGGAUCUCCAUCAGAAGAAAGUAGUCCGGGCCAAAAGAGAAAGCCGGAGAAUGAGAGAACUAGAGCAAGCUAUAUUUAGCUUAGAAUUGCUUAAAGUUCGUUCUCUUGGUGGUAUGUCACCUUCAGAGGAACGCAGAUGGUCUACAGAACUUAUGCCUGAAGGCCUUCAAUCUCCACAGGGUACACCUGAUAGUGAAAGCUCUCAAGGAAGUUUAGAACUUCUGAAUUGUGAGGAAAGCCAAAAGAGUAAACUAGCAUCCAUAAUUUUGGAUGAAGGCGAUUUGAAGUUUCCAUCACCUAAGACAUCUAGCAGUCCAAAAUUUGAUUCCCAGGACAAUGCCUUCAGUGCCUCAAGUGAGACAAACUAUGCAUUGAUUCAAAAGGGAGCAUCCUCUGACUCAGAGUGUUUGAAGAACGGGACUGUGAAGGAAAAGCCUGUGUGCAGUUCUGAACCUAUUACCUGUAAACCACAACUGAGAGACUCUUUUUUAUCAAAUAGUCUGCCCACAUUUUUUUAUAUUCCCCAUCAAGACCCCCUGAAAGCAAGUUCCCAAGUAGACACAAGUAUCCAAAGAAAAAAACUAUCAGAAAGUGAAGACACACUGGGGGCAGCUCUUUCUUUGGAUAUCAACAGGGAUGCCAGAAAGUAUCAUUUCUCAGAAGAUAAAGUGGUUCCUUCUUUUAAUACAGAUUCUUCUAAUACUGUGCUUAAGAAGUUAGAAAAGCUAAACACAGAGAAGGAAGAAAGACAAAAGCAGUUACAGCAGCAGAAUGAAAAACAGAUGAUGGAACAGAUUCAUCAGCAGACAGAUAUUUUAGAGAAGGAGCAUAAAGUUUUCAAGAAAAUUGAAAAGCCAAGAACUGGGGAGUCUUUCCUGGCACCAUCUUUCUGUCCACCAAAGCAAAGAAUAGAGAGGCCAUCAUCUCUCUUCAUCCUAAAUACUCCAAAUAAGGAAGAACCCAGUGUACUAGAGUCCCCAUCACUAGCCACUAUAAAAGAUACAGCUCUUGCCCCAAAAGACAGUCCCUUUGCUCAAUUGCCAGUGAGGGACCGACCUGUCACCCUGUUCUUUGAAAGAAAAGGAAACCCAUGCCAGUCUAAUACUGUCAGGGAAUUAUCCAAGACAGAAAGAAUGGGCACCCAGCAAAGUAUAACCCAUAAACUCUCUAAUAAUCGCAUUUCAAAAAGAGAACACCUUAGGCCAUUUCAGUCUUACAGCUACAAAUCUGAUGAUCCUUCCAGAGAGGGGAGUACAAAGGCCAUUUUCUUCACACCAAAGGACAAUAUGAGUACUCCUCUUGUAAACAAGGAAGCCUUAAACAAAAGAAAUCCUCAAAUCCCUAAACAAGAUGAACCAGCUUUGAAACCUGUGAAGUUAGUUGGGCCAGGCCAACAAGAGGUUGCCAGACCGGCCCAUAAAAAGAAAGCUCGAAUGGCGCGGACGCGCUCCGAUUUCUUGACUAGAGGUACUUUUGCCGAUGGGGAGGGGGAUACAGAGGAAGAUGAUUACGAUGACAUUAUUGAGCCCCUUCUCUCCCUUGACCAAGCUUCUCACUCUGAGCUAGGGCCUGCAUCCAGCCUGGGUCAGGCCUCUCACAGUGACUCCGAAAUGACAUCACAGCGAUUUUCUUCAGUUGAUGAACAAGCAAAGCUUCAUAAAACCAUGUCUCAAGGAGAAAUUACAAAGUUGGCAGUGAGACAGAAGUCUUCAGAUUCAGAUAUAAGACCUCAGAAAGCUAAGAUGAGAUUUUGGACCAAAGGGAAACAAGGAGAGAAGAAGACUACUAGAGUAAAACCUGCCACUCAGUCAGAGGUUUCAGCAUUCUUUGCUGGCUCAGAUGUGAUUCCAUCUCAUCAAUUUCCAGAUGAAUUAGCUCACUAUAACCCAACACCUCCUUUGAGCCCAGAACUGCCUGGUAGUUGCCGGAAAGAGUUCAAAGAGAACAAAGAGCCUUCUCCAAAGGCAAAGCGAAAGCGAAGCGUGAAGAUUAGCAACGUGGCUUUUGAGUCUGUGCAUUGGCAAAAUGACUCUAUCCAAAUCAUAACAAGUACUGGUGAUUUAAAAAGCAUGGAUGAAUUUCUUCUGAAAAAGAUGCAUGACCUAGAUAAUGAGGACAGCAAGAAGGAUACACUAGUGGAUGUUGUAUUUAAAAAAGCACUGAAAGAAUUUAGGCAGAAUAUCUUCAGCUUUUAUUCAUCAGCAUUGGCGAUGGAUGAUGGUAAAAGCAUACGAUAUAAAGACCUCUACGCACUAUUUGAACAGAUCCUGGAAAAGACCAUGAGGCUUGAGCAGCGUGAUUGGAGUGAAUCUCCAGUGAGAGUUUGGGUCAACACUUUCAAAGUGUUUUUAGAUGAAUACAUGAAUGAUUUCAAGACUUCAGAUAGCACAGCCACAAAGGUGCCAAAAACAGAAAGAAAGAAAAGAAGAAAAAAAGAAACUGAUUUGGUGGAAGAACACAAUGGUCACAUUUUUAAAGCCACCCAAUAUAGCAUCCCUACAUACUGUGAAUACUGUUCUUCUUUAAUUUGGAUAAUGGACCGAGCCUCUGUUUGCAAAUUAUGCAAGUAUGCUUGCCAUAAGAAGUGCUGUCUGAAAACCACAGCCAAGUGCUCUAAAAAGGUAAGAAUUUAUUAUCUGUUCAUAAUAAAGAACAGCUCUGUAGAUCUUUUGUGUCUUGUGGAACAAAAUCAAGGCUUCUUUGAUAUUUCUAUGGUGAUUCCUAAAAUUCUGAUCACACAUACAGUAAGAAAUGAAAUUUUAUGUCAUGAUCCUACACAUUUACAGCGUAAAGUUCUUAGUUUUUGUUAUAGAACAAGAAGCCAGUAUUCUGGACAGUGA